CAGGAAGACAGAGUCAUAUUACGUAUCGAUUGACAAAAGGAAAAUGUAAAUCAACGUCUUACUAGGACACUUAAGGUUUGUUUAAAUGUGUUUGUGUAACCAUAACGUUUGGUUAUAACUUGAACUUUUUGUGUUAUUUCAGUUUAAGCUACUAUGUAUUAGAUAGUUGGAAUACCAAAGUAUGCAUUUUCUGAAAAUAAACAUGUAACUGGAUAUGAGAACAGGUCGGCUUUAUAAUACGUGUUUACAAGUCCCUCAGCAUAAUUACAGCUGUUACGAUGCAAUGUUGAAAAGUGAAGACAGGGGAAGAAAAUCAUGGCGCACGCGCUGAAAUGUGGUCCUUGCUUGUUCGAGGAAGUAACAGUUGAUCCAAAACAUUUUUGUGUGGACUGUCGUGAAUAUCUGUGCACGGCUUGUGCGCGAGAACAUCGAAGACACAAGGUAUCACGUGAGCAUAAACUACUCGGAGAGACUGAACUGCCACAAGACGUAACAUUAUUUGAAGAAAUGAAGAAAUUGUCGAAUUGCCCCAUACACCAAGACGUGGAACUUGACCAGUAUUGUAAAAGUCAUAAUGUUUCGAUAUGCCUGCACUGUCUGAAAAGCGACCACAGAUUGUGCGAAAAUCGGGUAGACCUUAUAAUCUUGCUUGAAGAUGAAUAUGCGUCUGAAAAUUUACGUGAACGAAUCAUUGUGCUCCAGAGAAAGUGCCAAGUACAAGUAACCGAAACGAUGAAUUUAUCAGAAGCUGCAAAUACCAAUGGCAAAGAAGUACAACAGCAUAUAAAUACUUUAGUUGAGACCUUGAGGAAGAACGUUGAAAAUCUAGAGAAGAAGUUAAACAAAGAACUCGAAAGUUCAAUAUUGCAUGUGACGGAGCCUUUUAGACGUUCUGAGCAAACACUGUCAAAAAUUGAAAAGAAAGCUUUGAGUUAUGAGAACCUGUUUGAUUUAGCGUCAAAGUUUGGUACCAUGAAACAAAACGCUGUCCUUCAUUUCUUGGCAUCAAAGUUGAUGAAAGAAUUGGAAGAAGAUGACUUAAUUAAGAAGAAUUCAACUGUGAAAAUAAAAUGUGUACAAACUGUAAGCACUGAAGAUAUUGUAAACACAAUGAACCAAUGCGAUGUGGUAUUAGCAAGUGCGUACGAACAAGGCUCCGAAUUGUUCAGCGAUGAAGCAUUAGAUGAAGGCUCAUUGUUAUUCCCAGCUACAAAAACACGAACUGUAGCAACACAAGUAGAACAACAGAUUGAUUCAAAUAAAAAUACAUCAAAAAAGUCUCUAUGUGAAAUGAAAAUAAUGUAUGACAGUAUAAAGUUAUUGCUUUGUGAAUGUAAACACAAUGGCGGGGUGCCUCCAGUUAUUGCUUUAGAUGUAUUAACGGACGGUAGAAUACUUCUACUACAUCAGAAGAUGAUAAAGGUAUAUUCACUGAAACUCAUUUUGUUAUCAUGCUUUAACCUAAACUCCUUAGCCAAAGACAUGUGUGUCGUGGAAGAAAAAAAGGACGGUGUGUUUACGGUUGCUUUUUGUUUUGGCGCUUGGGCAAAAAAAAUAAUGUUCUUAGAAUAUAAUGAUGGAUUUCGCGAGAAAUAUGUAAUUGAUUGCAAAGAAAAUCUUCAAAGCGUCACUAUGCUAGGUCAUCAUUUGUUAGUUGUUCAUACGAACGGAGUCCAGUUGCUUGACAUCUCGACAGGUCAUGUGUGCUAUGCUUUUGACGAAAAAAGGUGGGCACGCAACGGAUCAAAUAUUUCCGCGAAUAUAAACAGAAUCCGGGCGUGCAAAACAACCAAGAAAAUUGCGGUAGCCUGCCAAGAGACUCUAUUCCAAGUAAAGAUAGACGAUGGCGAAUGUCAAAAAGACACAGUGCAUGCAGUAUGUCCGUUUGUUUGGAAAUACAGAAAAACUCAUGACGCCCAACCGGAAAUUAAGGACAUCAGUGAUGUAAAAUGGGAUUCUCAAGGGAAUAUAUACGUUGCGAAUGGGAAUGGUGUGUAUCAAUUUUGCCUGAUAAACGGAGUUUUAAAAGAGAGAGCUCUGAUUACAAUGCGCGGAAACUGUUCAGCAAUAGCAAUAGAUGAACACAGAAAUAGGAUAGUGGUUGGAUAUUCGGAUUCAAAUCUAGUACAUGUGUACGAGUACAAAUAACCAGCUGCAAAAAUAACACGUGGUAAUUCUUUCGGCAGAUUUACCGCCAUAGAAUAUUCGUGAAUGGAAACAACACUGCGACGAAACAAACGCCAUUCACUUGGUAUAAGGUUCAGUUUGAACUUUAAAAAAGUGUUCGCGUUAAAAAAUAUCCAAAAUAAUGAACGUUUGGAGAGCUUUUUUUCGAGUAUUCUAUAUUUGGGAAUGUAUAAUUUGUGUAUCUUCUACAUUACAAAAGUAUCCGCAAAAUCUUUUCAGUUUUGGAUAAUUGAAUAUAUGACAUGAAUACCAUACCAUAUAUGAACCAUAUAUGUAUAUAGUGCAUUGGAAAGUUAUCCAUUCCGAAUAAUUUUUCAUACUCUUAAGACAUCUAUUAAUAUUGUCAUAACUGUAUCUGGUGCAUUCAAAUUCUAUCCCAUUCAUUUAAUGUGUAUCUAGUGCAUUCAGAUUCUAUCGAAUUCAUUAAAUGUGUAUCAAGUGCAUUCAAAUUCUAUCCCAUUCCUUAAAUGUGUAUCUAGUGCAUUCAAAUUCUAUCCCAUUCAUUAAAUGUGUAUCUAGUGCAUUCAAAUUCUAUCCCAUUCAUUAAAUGUAUAUCUAGUGCAUUCAAAUUCUAUCCCAUAAUAAAAUGUGUACUUUUGGAUAUUCCAGUAAAGUAUACGUAUUAUCAUAUUUGUCUCUAGUAUUUGUAAAUGUUAUAAAAUUCAAUUAACGUUUGAUAAUUUGGGUAAAGUAUUACACCAUUUUCAUGUUUAUAUCUGGUUCAUUAAAUUGUUAUCAGUUUACCAUAGUACGUGCAUAUACCAUUUCAUAUCAAUAUUUAGUGCAUUUAAUAAAUUGUGUUCCGAUUCAUUUCACGUUUUGAUAUUAAAUAUCGUAUAAACCAUUUAAUGUCAAGAUUUAGUGUAUUAAGUAGUUACUCGAUUCAUUUCAUUUUUGAUACGAUAGUCAAUAAAUAUAUAUAUACUUACAUGUAUUUACAUUCAUAAAACAGUGUCUUUACAUAUGAUACAUUGUUUAUUUCAUGCUCUGUGGUGAAUUGUAUGAGGAAUUAAUAGCGAAGGUCAAUUACAACCCGAUCAUUGUCUCUGCAGGUCUUUUGAAAUGAGAACGUUUUGUCAUUUAACUCUAUGUUUUUGGACUCCUUCAUGUAGUGUCGCUAGCUGUUAUAUUUUGUCUACUGCGUCGUUAUAUCGAUGUCGGCAUAACGUUUCUAUUUCACGGAAGAUACUUUCUAAGAUUCUUAAAGCUAUCAACAUCGCUUGCGCAAAUGUGCACAAGAACCGUUGCUUUUAUUUUGGAUUUAUUGCCCCUUUGUUAAUUUAAAUACUUGUACUUCUUGCGUUAUUGCCAUUUAUGAAUGUGUAUACUCUUUUGUUGUUUAGAACUUGAUUCUAACACUUUUUAGCGUUCAAGGUGUGUGACAUAAUCGCUAAUACUUCUCGGGCUUAAAGCGACACCUACAACUCGCGGAGUUCUAGUUUAAUACAUGUACGUGUUUUUGUUUUGAGGAGUAAGUGAAUAAACUUAUUGUCAUCGUAAAAAUCGGCCUGUCAAACAACACAACUACAAACAAUAAUUCAAGAAAAUAUAUAAUUGAGCAUCAACGAGAAAGACACUAUUUAAAAGCAUUUUCCCACGACAAUACUUAAUGAAAUGUAUGUGAUAAUUAAUUAUUUUGAAAAUGCAUGAAAAAAGCAGCAAUGUCAAGUCUGACUCGAGUGUAUUAAGUAAGUAACAUUAGAAACAUAUAGAAUAAUAAUUAAAUGUUUUUAAACAGAUGUUAUUAACCCUGAAGCUUGGUUUCUGUAAAUUUUUAAUAAAAACUUCUUUGUUAUAUAUGUAUGUUUUUAUAGCUUGUAAAAGACGCACAUUUGAGUACCAUACUGUUAGUAAACUAUGAAGUUAAAGUGGAUUUACCAUAAAAUUACAGUUAAGUUAAAGUGGACUGUUCAUUGCAAUGUCUGCGACUGUUGUGUCAAGUAGAUUUGUACAACUGGCAUGCCUAGAGGAAAUGUACGAUUUGUUGCCUAGUUGGAAUGUAAAACUAGUAUGCUUAGAAGGAAUGGCCUACUGAUACGAUCUUAUAGAAAGGCAUAUCGUACAGCACUAUACAACCGAUGAGAAAUAUACUAUUAAUAUUCCCGAUUGGAAUUCACGACUUGAAUGUCUAGUAAUAAUCUACAAUUUGUAUCCUUUUUAAAGACUUUUAACUACUAAUUUUGAGGCCGUACAAUAAAGUGACAAUCGAACUUGCAAAAACAUGAUGUUUGAAAAAAACAACAUUUUGGUGAUUUUAAGGUAUUGGAACUUUAAUACGACAUUUCAAAGUUUAUGAAACACGUUUUCGAACCAUUAAAGAUUCUCCGACAUUCCUAUUUAUGAAACCUUUAUCUUCUCCCCUUAUCACUGAAACAUUAAUUUCACAUUUUAUUCAGAUUUACAUAAAUAUCGAUCAAACAGUAAUUAUUUUGUAUAGAUUCAUACGUGCAUGAACUAUAUAUGUAUUUAUCGAAGUAAAUACUGAGUAACAAAUAGAAGAAAGAAAAUAUGAGCACACAAGCGUUGUUAUCGUCUCUCGGAAAACCAGAGAAAUACCAGUUUCUAGCAAUAAGCUUUGUCUAAAAGAAGUUUAAAAAAAACAUCAAAAGAAAAAAUACAACUUUUUUAUUAAGUGUCCUUGACCGAAAAAACUAAGCUUCAUCGCAAAUAUUUAAACUUUCAUUUUCAAAUGCAAAGUGCAACGACAUUAUAGUUUUAAACGAACGUUACAAAGCUAUGCUGCUAUCGAGAUAUUUUGAUGUUACAUAAACGUAUGAAACAUAUCUCAUUUCACAAACAUUUUCAUUAACUUGCUUACAACGAUGACUAAUAUGCAGUACAUCGCGAAAGAGUUCAUAUUGUUAACCUAAGGAAUGACGUUCCGAAUGAUCUAAUUUUCAGAUAGAAAAGUUCAAUUAUGCAAACAUAGGUUUUAAUAUUUGAAAAUGAUGGGAACUUCAUAUUAAACUCAUAGUAGAACAAGCAAUAUGGUUCGAUGGUAACUACACAUAUAAGAAAGGAAUUACUCAUGGUUUAAUGCCAAUAGUACAUGGUGCUCAUUUAAGCCCUGGUAGUUUGUUGUUAUAUUCUUGUAGGGAUGCCUCAAGGUUCCUUUUUGAGAGGGUAGAAAAUACUGCAAGUUAACUUGAGAACCAAUGUAGCGCCCAUAAGUCUCAAAACUGGCCACGCCCUAGGCAUCUCAUGAUAUAUAUUGACUAAACAGUAGAUAACUUUGAAAAUACUAUCUGGAAAAAGGCCACAGAGCUUAAAUAUUUUAUAUGGUACACCAGAUAGAUGUCGUGUACAAAGUUUGUUUUAAUAAAGCCAAUGUAGUCUAAACGGACCACGCUCACAUGAUUUAUACAUACGUAUACAGCAAAUAACUUAAAUAAAAAUUCUCCGAGACCGCGAGGGUCAAUGUGUUAUAUAUUAAGUGUGUAAAUCGUAAAUGGGUCUUAAUAAGUUUAAAUCACGGAUCGAUGUUUCAGUUUGUGUUAGUAUACAAUCAUAGAUGUGACCGUUUUUAGUAUUGUUUUCUAAUGAAAACCAUCUAUUCAUUUGUAUUUCUUAAAAUAUAUCCCAUGCAUUCUUAAAAGAACAACAAUAUGUGUCUUGAAAAUAAUAUAUAAUUUUGCCAGUUGCUAUGAUUUUGAAGAAUGAUCUUAAAAAUAAAUUUUACGUGUACUUACGAAUGAUUUGAUACUCAGUGAAUAUGGUGUGAUUACCAUUAGAAAUACUGGCAUGUUUUUGGUUAAAAGAUUCAAUAAAGAUCCAAUAAACCCUUAGAAUUGAA